AGUAUAUUUUAGCUUUCAAUUCAUUUCAGCGAACUCAACAUUUAAUAUAACUAAUUUGAGGAGAGCAAUAAGUACCACAUCCAAAAAGGCCAAAAAAGAGUUUCUCCUACUCGUGAACAAAUUAACAAAAUUGUAUCAUGUUAAUUAAUUCAUUGAAUCACAAUUAAUUCAAAGACAUAACGUUUUAGUAACACCUCAACCAACCAGCUACACUUUUACGUUUUAAGAAAGAAAAUAACGAACCCAAAGAAAGAAUUACAAAUACAAAAGAAAAAGACAUUGCUCCCUCUCUCUCUCUCUCUUUUUCUCUCUGUGUGUGGGUUUUUUCUUUAUCCUUAGUUUGAUCGCAAUUUGCAAAUAGAAAUGGCGAAAUCGAGCAAAGAUCCGACAACGUCGUAUCCGGCGAUAAAGUCAGAGCAGUACUUACACAGCCCCGUUCACUACGCGGUGGCGAUUCGCGACCACACAAAGCUUUCCAGAAUCAUUUCUUCGCUUCCCCGAGUUCCCGACCCGGCCCGAGUCAUCACCGAGUCCGACUCGCUCACUCAGGAGCGAGUCGCCGAGAAAAUCUCUGCCGUGCUCGACCGCCGCGACGUCCCAUUCCGGGAGACGCCUCUCCACCUCGCUGUCCGCCUCAACGACGUCUCCGCCGCGCGGGCCAUCGCCUCCGCCGGCGCCGACAUCUCCCUCCACAACGCCGCCGGCUGGAACCCGCUCCAGGAGGCGCUCUGCCGGCGCGCCUCCGAAAUCGCGCAGGUGCUCGUCCGGCUCCACCACCGCGCCGCCUGGGCGAAGUGGCGCCGCCGCCUGCCUCGCCUCGUGGCGGCUCUCCGCCGCAUGCGUGAUUUCUACAUGGAGAUCUCGUUUCACUUUGAGAGCUCCGUGAUUCCCUUCGUCGGAAAAAUCGCUCCCUCCGACACCUACAAAAUCUGGAAGAGCGACGGGAACCUCCGCGCCGACACCACCCUCGCCGGCUUCGACGGCCUCAAAAUCCACCGCGCCGACCAGAGUUUCCUCUUCCUCGGAGACGGCGACUCCGUCGCCGGCGUCCCCGCCGGCUCCCUCCUCGUGCUCAACCGCGACGACAAGAAAAUCUUCGACGCAUUCGAGAACGCCGGAACUCCGAUGAGCGACUCCGACGCGGCGGGGUUCUGCUCGCAGAGCAGCGUGUACCGUCCGGGGAUGGAUGUAACGAAAGCAGAGCUCGUCGGAAGAACCAAUUGGAGAAGACAAGAAAAGAUGGAAAAUGUUGGAGAAUGGAAAGCUAGGGUUUUCGAAGUGCAUAACGUGGUUUUCAGUUUCCGGUCACGGAAAGUUGCUGCAGGCGAAUCCGACGUGGCAGGGAGUGAGCAGGUUUUGCCGUUGGAGCUUGAUGAAGACGAAGACGGUUUUCUCGUUGCGGAAAAUCCGAGUUUUGGAAUGCCUCUGAGUAGUAACAACAAUGCUGAUAAGAGAAGACAUAGUAGUUUUGUGAGAGAAGAACGAGAGUGGGUCCCAAUGGGGAGAAAAAGCGUGGAUUUGCCUUCCGUUUCCGUCGCACCGCCGAGGAGGUCAUCGGCGGCGGCUGUGGCGCCGCCUCCGGCGGCCCCACCAACGAAAGAGAAGGAAUAUUUGAGAAGCUUGCGACCAGCGGUGUGGUUGACGGAGCAGUUUCCGUUGAAGACGGAGGAGCUGUUGCCGUUGUUGGACAUUCUGGCCAACAAGGUGAAGGCGGUGCGGCGGCUCCGGGAGCUUCUGACGACGAAGUUCCCGCCGGGGAGUUUUCCGGUGAAGGUGGCAAUCCCGGUGGUCCCUACGGUGAGGGUGGUGGUCACGUUUACCAAGUUCGUGGAGCUGCAACCUGUGGAGAAGUUCUACACGCCGUUAUCGAGUCCAACGCAUUUGCUCAAUGCAGAAGAUGAUGAUGAUCCUCAGAAACUAAGAAGGCAGGGUUCAUCAUCUUCUGGGAGAUCCACGUGGCUGAGAAGAAGUACUAGUAGUAGUAGUAGUAGCCAACACCAACAACGAUGUUCUUCUUCUGGGGCUUUGGAUUCUGAUCCUUUUGCUAUUCCUGUUGGAUAUACGUGGACCAAUAGUGGGAAUGAUUCGUCACGGAAAAUGAAGAAGUCCAGGUCCGUGAGAAAAUCCAAGUGAAAACGAACGACACAACAAGUAUGCAUCAGUGGGAAAGAUUUUAAGCUGAAGGAAUUCCACUAGAUAUGAACGAUUGUAGCAAAUAGCAAUGUGCCAAAAGCUGCAUCCAUUAUUGUGUAUAUAUCCCCGUAUUUUUUUUUUUAAUCAACUGGGGGCUUUGAGACAACGGUGUUCAUAGAGAGGUUUCGCAGUAAGUAGUUUUUAGAAUAUAGAACUGCAUUACUUGUUGUGGUUUAAUCACAGUUUUGUUUUGUCUUUUUUCAGUUAUAUAGAAAUUUGUUGUGGUUUAA